AUCAACCACAGCACAUCUUCUCCCUCUGUCGAGUUAGGGUUAUGGCACAAUUUACUCUACUAGACAGAAACCUAAAUAAGGGUACUACUACUACUACUAAUAAUAAUAUUAUUAAUAGGAAUAACUCUGGAGCAGACAGAACCAAACGCAGCAAGAGAGCGUGUGUUGCGUUUAUGGGACAUAAAAAAAUCAGGAAACAGCACUUUGGCUGUGCAAGGACCAACAGCCCGCUGAUGAGACUCCUGGCCAAGGAGUGACCUGCCCUUCCUCCCUCAGGAUCCGGUCCUGGCCGCGUCCCCCCCCCCACCGGGGAUCAUUUCGAAACUGUUUCUCCGACGCUUCUACCAGAAACUGAGAGUGUUUUCCAAGGCGGACGCCGCCCAGCCGCCCCGGGCGGACGCCAUGGGGAGCGUGCGGAGCCACCGCUACAGCAUCGUGUCCUCCGAGGAGGAGGGCGGGGUGAAGCUGGCCGACAUGGUCGUCCCCAACGGCUGCGGCAACGGCAAGGCCGAGCACCGGCGCCAGAGCCGCUUCGUGCGCAAGGACGGCCACUGCAACGUGCACUUUGUCAACAUGAGCGAGAAGGGCCAGCGCUACCUGGCGGACAUCUUCACCACCUGCGUGGACAUCCGCUGGCGGUGGAUGCUGCUCGUCUUCUGCUUAUCCUUCCUGAUCUCCUGGCUGUUCUUCGGCCUGGUCUUCUGGCUGGUGGCGCUGGGCUACGGCGACCUGGAGGGCGACACGCAGAUGUGCGUCUCCAACGUGGACAGCUUCACCGCCGCCUUCUUGUUCUCCGUGGAGACGCAAACCACCAUCGGGUACGGGUACCGCUACGUGACGGAGGAGUGCCCCGUCGCCGUCUUCGUGGUGGUCUUCCAAAGCAUCGUGGGGUGCAUCAUCGACGCGUUCAUCAUCGGCGCCGUCAUGGCCAAGAUGGCCAAGCCCAAGAAGAGGAACGAGACGCUGGUGUUCAGUCACUACGCCGCGGUGGCUAUGAGGGACGGCAAGCUGUGCCUCAUGUGGCGGGUGGGGAACCUGAGGAAGAGCCACCUGGUGGAGGCCCACGUCAGGGCGCAGCUCCUCAAGUCCAGGACGACGGCGGAGGGCGAGUUCAUCCCUCUGGACCAGGUGGACAUCGACGUGGGCUUCGACAGCGGCGUCGACAGAAUCUUCCUGGUGUCGCCCAUCACCAUCGUGCACGAGAUCGACGAGGACAGCCCCUUCUACGAGAUGGGCAAGCAGGAGCUGGAGACGUCCGAGUUCGAGAUCGUGGUCAUCCUGGAAGGCAUGGUGGAGGCCACCGCCAUGACCACACAGUGUCGCAGCUCCUACGUGGCCAGCGAGAUCCUCUGGGGACACCGCUUCGAACCGGUGCUCUUCGAGGAGAAGAACUACUACAAGGUGGACUACUCGCGCUUCGACAACACCUACGAGGUGUCCGGCACGCCGCUCUGCAGCGCCCGGGAGCUCGCCCGGAGGACCUCCGACGCCUCCAGCCUCAGGAACUCCUUUUGCUACGAGAACGAGGUGGCUUUGGAGAAAAUCGAGAUGGAGGAGGAAUCGCGGGAAGGGGAGAGCGCAGAGGAGAGGAACGUCCCGGAGGGUCCGCCAUCGCCGCCGCCGCCGCCGCCGCCGCCGGCCUCGGACUCGGAACACACUCCGGACUCUUUGCCUUUGGAAUCAAGACCUUUGACUGCUGAAUCGGAAAUAUGACCUAAUGCUGCAAUAAUCCUAUAGCGGUUAACUUAACACACGUCUGUUUAUGUAGGAUAUUAUGAUGAGGCAAUAGUCCAAAUACCCUUCUUGAAGUAAAUAUGCAACACAACUCCCACCUCUCGUGGCCUACAUGUCGCACUUUUGUGACUAAAAAAGAAAAUGCAGUCGUUGAUAUGCACACAAUACAACGUUUAAUCACAUUCGAGAAGACAACUGUGUCAAAAAGUCCGCCUUUUAUCCACCUCACUUUAGUAUGGGGAACAUAUUGCAAGUAACAAAGACUUAAAGGCCUACUGAAAUGAGAUUUUCGUAUUUAAACGGGGCUAGCAGGUCCAUUCUAUGUGUCAUACUUGAUCAUUUCGCGAUAUUGCCAUAUUUUUGCUGAAAGGAUUUAGUAGAGAACAUCGACGAUAAAGUUCACAACUUUUGGUCGCUGAUAAAAAAAAGCCUUGCUUGUACCAGAAGUAGCAGACGAUGUGCGCGUGACGUCACGGGUUGUGGAGCUCCUCACAUCUGAACAUUGUUUACAAUCAUGGCCACCAGCAGCGAGAGCGAUUCGGACCGAGAAAGCGACGAUUUCCCCAUUAAUUUGAGCGAGGAUGAAAGAUUCGUGGAUGAGGAAAGUGAGAGUGAAGGACUAGAAAAAAAAAAAAGACGAGGGCAGUGGGAGCGAUUCAGAUGUUAUUAGACACAUUUUCUAGGAUAAUUCUGAAAAAUCCAUUAUCUGCUUAUUGUGUUACUAGUAUUUUAGUGAGAUUAAAUGGUCGUACCUGUACAACCUGAAGGUCGGGCCCGCGCCUUUCUACAGCAUCAGUCGACGGGUGGUGGCGAUGCCCAUCUCUGCCUUUCACAAAGGACCCUCUUCGAAACACGAUCUUUCGGAAUGAUCGCUGCAUAAUACACUGUACUUUGUGUGUGUGGUCCAAUCCAACCGUGUUCGCUUGGCCGCUCUGUUCCAUAGUAUAGCUUGACUGUCAUCUUUCGGGAAUGAAAACAAUGGCUGUGUUUGUGUUGCCAAUGGUGGCCGCAAUACACCGCUUCCCACCUACAGCUUUCUUUUUUGACGUCUCCAUUAUUCAUCAUACCGCGACGUUUUAGCAUGACACUUCCGCACGAAAUUUAAAAUUGCAAUUUAGUAAACUAAAAAGGCCGUAUUGGCAUGUGUUGCAAUGUUAAUAUUUUAUCUUUGAUAUACAAACUAUCAGACUGCGUGGUCGGUAGUAGUGGCUUUCAGUAGGCCUUUAAAUGGUAUUAAAGGGAGAGUCAUAGACAACAAAUUCCUUACUUAGUACUGAUAAGCAAUAAUUCUGAGGUUAUUGAGGGAAGACUCUCAGUUAAUGGUCUAGAGCAGGCCUGGGCAAUUAUUUCGACUCGGGGGGGGGGGGCACAUUUAGAGAAAAAAAUGUGUCUGGGGGGCCUGUAUAUCUAUUUUAUGAACACUAAUACAAAACCUCACAAUAAUGUCUGAUUGAAUGCUAAAAAUCAUUAUGACGGACCGCCUAAAAAAAACCAUAAUGGAAUUUUACAUGUUUUCUAUGAAGGAUAAAACACUGAAUAUUGACCAAAUAUGAACGUCACAGCCCACUUUCCAUCGACACAUUUUACGAUCCAGUGAAACGCGACAAAAAAAAACGCAACAAACAGCGAAAUGCGAACGCGGAGGGUACAAAAUAAACCCACCGGCAAUCUGAUACAUCACUAAGCUUUGGGACUUUGUUGUGAAAAAUCUCCUUCCGCAUCUCUCCCGUCCAAAGGCAAAACCUAGUAACUCACUUCCAGCUGAUUUUGCGCAAACAAAGGACAACCGAUCCAUCUUGAUGCUGUCUUACAAAUAUCUACAAAGUCAUCAAACGUGCAGAUGUUAUACUUGAGCUUUCAUUUUCUUGCCGAUUGAGCCACGGGUUGAAUAUGCUCUCAUGAACGUGUGCCCCCUUUCUCCAGAUAUUUUAUCACAAUCUCGGGUGGGCCCCGUUCUGCGUUUGCACAUUGGGCAAGAGCCGUGUACAGCGUCCAGUUUUUAUUUUGACCUCCACAGUUUUCUGCCCAAAAGAGCAUGCAAGGGGAAGAAUCAAGAACAAUACAUUUAAUGAAGGCGCCCGCAACGUCCUGGGCCGAUCUUCCAAAUAUCCCCUCGUGCCGUGAUAUCACAUAAUCAGCUCGACCGUCGGCCCCCCCCAUUCGUGCAAAUGUCUCAUUAAUGACAAUAAGGCGACUGACAAAAAAGCUCCAAUCCAAUCCACUCUAUUUAUAUAGCACAUGUAAACAACAAUAACGUUUCCAAAGUGCUGCACAGCCAUGUUAAAAACAAUAUUAUGCUCCACCAAUGACUGAAUAAAACAAAAAAUCAAUCAAUCAAUCAAUCAAUCAAUGUUUACUUAUAUAGCCCUAAAUCACUAGUGUCUCAAAGGGCUGCACAAACCACCACGGCAUCCUCGGUAGGCCCACAUAAGGGCAAGGAAAACUCACACCCAGUGGGACGUCGGUGACAAUGAUGACUAUGAGAACCUUGGAAAUAAAAAUAAAACCAAUAAAAACAAAUAUGAUUAAAAACUAUUUUAAAGGGUAAAAUCAAUUAAAACAGUAAAAUAAAAAUCAAAAUGUGUAAAAAACACACAAGAGGACAACAGCCAUUUUAAACUAGACAAACAAGUCAAUGGCGUUUUAAAAUCGUGUUUUUUAUCACCUUCGUCUUUUAGUAAAGGUUAAACCGUUUUUAUCUUUUAACCUUUUUGAACAAGUCGUGCAUGCUUUUAUUUCAAGUGGCCUGGACUACUGCAAUGCACUUUAUGCUGGCAUUCGCCAAAAAGCUCUCUCCCGGUUGCAGUUAGUCCAGAACGCGGCAGCACGACUUUUAACAGGGCCCAGGAAACGCCAGCAUAUAACCCCAAUUCUUCAGAGUUUGCACUGGCUCCCUGUUCAUUUUAGAAUUGAUUUUAAAACAUUGCUGUUUGUUUUUAAAUCUUUACAUGGACUGGCACCUCAAUAUAUCUCGGACCUCAUCCAAAUUUACACUCCUGCGCACGCUCUGAGGUCCGAGAGCCAGUUCCAGCUCGUGGUGCCCAAGACCAGACUUAAGACCAGGGGAGACAGGGCCUAAGCUCUGGAACACUCUGCCCCUCCAUGUUCAAACUGCUUCCACAGUGGAGUGUUUUAAGUCUCGUCUUAAGACCCACUUUUAUUCUUUGGCUUUUAACACUACGUGAGUUGUGUGGUCCUCUGUCCUCUGUUGUCCUCUGUGUUUUUUAUACACUUUGAUUUCUAUUUUACUGUUUUCAUUGAUUUUACCCUUUAAAAUAGUUUUUAAUCAUAUUUGUUUUUAUAUUGUUUUUAUAUUUAUUUAUUUUUUGUUUUUAUUCAGUCAUUGGUGGAGCAUAAUAUAUAUAUAUAUAUACUUUUUUUAAAUUUUUAUUUUAUUUAUUUAUUUAUUUAUUUUUUUUACAAUUGUUUUUAACAUGGCUGUGCAGCACUUUGGAAACGUUAUUGUUGUUUAAACGUGCUAUAUAAAUAAAGUGGAUUGGAUUAGAUUGAGGACCACACAACUCACGUAGUGUUAAAAGCCAAAGAAUAAAAGCUCCGAUUGGUCCCUUGAGAUACUAGGUUUUCCUGUUACUGUUGCUAGGUCCUGCCAUGCGCGUUACAGCUUACUUACGGAACAAAUUACAAUAUCGCAUAAAGCAUAUCACCUCGGACAGGGGUCGGGAACCUUUUUGGCCAUGCAAGCCAAAUAUUUUUAAAAGUAUUUCCGUGAGAGCCAUAUAUAUAUAUAUAUAUAUAUAUUUUUAACACUACAUGCGUGCAUUUUAAGAAAGAUCAACAUUUUUAGAGUAUAAUACGUCUUUUAUUCUUUUUAAUAACAUUGUUAUUCUGAGGCUAACCAGAAAUAAAUAAAAUACUUCUUACCAUUAAUCCGACUUCUUGAACAGGUGCGGUAGAAACCGGAUAGAUGGAUGAAAAUGCAUGAGAAUGGUUUGUAUUAUUAACGUUAUUUUUGACACCAGCUGAAUUAUUCAUUACUUAUCGUGUUAAGCAAUGUCAGCUAAGAUUUAAGUGAGAGCCAGGUGCAGUCAUCAAAAGAGCUACAGGUUCCCUACCCCUGACCUAGGAACUCCAAAAUUAUUAUCAGCUCAGAUUUGACCAAAAUUGAGUUACUGGGUUUUGCCUUUGGAUGGGAGAUCUGUGGAAACGCUUCCCACCCACACUGCUUGGUGCCUCGUCUGAACUACUGUGACUUAGAUGACCGUAGUAACUAAUUAGAUGACCGUAGUAACUAAUUAGAUGACCAUAGUAACUAAUUAGAUGACCAUAGUAACUAGUUAGAUGACCGUAGUAACUAAUUAGAUGACCGUAGUAACUAAUUAGAUGACCAUAGUAACUAAUUAGAUGACCGUAGUAACUAGUUAGAUGACCGUAGUAACUAAUUAGAUGACCAUAGUAACUAAUUAGAUGACCAUAGUAACUAAUUAGAUGACCAUAGUAACUAAUUAGAUGACCAUAGUAACUAAUUAGAUGACCAUAGUAACUAAUUAGAUGACCAUAGUAACUGGUAUAUCAUCCAUAAGCGCAGAUUUCAAGCAUUGAAAGACUUAGUAUAGUUCAAGACUUAAAAAACAUGACUGCACAUCAUAAUGGCAGCUACACUUUCCAUCUUAAAGAUCUAAAAAAAAUCUGGGGGCCGGAUUUAAAAGCUCAACAUAUGGCCCCCCGGGCCUUAAUUUGCCCAGGUCUGGCCUAAUGGUUGUAUAAUAAAGGCCAUGCAGAAUAAGGCAUCAAUAAGUACUUAAUAAGAGCCAAUAUGUUACUAAUUUGCAUGUUGAUAAGAAACUAAUUAAUGGUGAAUAUGUUCCCCCAUGCUAAAGUGUUACCGAUAUUUUUUAUUGCGCUUAGUUUGCAAUAUACGACAAUACCGGUGAAAUUUGAACUUUUUCAUUACAGUAUCGUUAGCAUGUAUUUAAAAAUUUUUUUUGCCUAUUUAUUUAACAAAAGGCACACACUUUUGAUGCAGCUCUUCUUUUGGGUCCUACCAAGGUUUUGCCCCAUUUGCACCGGAGCUGGUCUCUUGGCGAACGUCGUCUUUAAAAUGUAUUGGUCGGAAUAUUGUCGAAUGUGCAAUAAGGGCCCUAUUUUCCCAUGUGCUUAAAAACAAAAACAAAAAAAAGAACAAUAAAAAAAUAAAAUAAAAAAAAACACCACAUUUUUUUAUGGAUUUCAAUGACAUUUUAAGUAGUCAAACUGCAUGUUGUAUUAUUUUCAAAAUAAGUGCACCUUUUUUUCAUGACUUAAGGGGAACUGCAUUUUUUUUUUUUUUUUUUUAGAAUUUUCCGAAUCGUUCACAAUCAUUAUGAAAGAGAAGAAGACAGAAGUUUUUUUUUUUUUCUCACUUUCUAACAUACAAAAAUCAACUUGUUUUAUGGCUAGCAACACAGCUAAUGGAAGCAAUCGAUUCUACCUCUAAAUCAUACUUGCCAACGUUGAGACCUCCAAAUUCGGGAGAGUUGAGGUGGGCGGGGUUUGGUGGUAGCGAGUGUGUAUAUUGUAGCGGAAGAGUUAGUGCUGCAAAGGAUUCUGGGUAUUUGCUCGGUUUUGUUUAUGUUGUGUUACGGUGCGGAUGUUCUCCCGAAAUGUGUUUGUUGUUCUUGUUUGGUGUGGGUUCACAGUGUGGUGCAUAUUUGUAACAGUGUUAAAGUUGUUGAUACGGCCACCCUCAGUGUGACCUGUAUGGCUGUUGACCAAGUAUGCCUUGCAUUCACUUAUGUGUGUGUUUAUAUUAUGUGACUGGGCCGACACGCUGUUAGUACGGAGGAAAAGCGGACGUGACGACAGGUUGUAGAGGACGCUAAAAGCACGCCCCCAAUAUUGCUGUCCGGGUGGAAAUCGAAUGGUUGCCCCGAGAGAUUUUUUGGGAGGGGCACUGAAAUUCGUGAGUCUCCCGGGAAAAUUUAGGCUCUAAAUCACUUUAAAAAUUCUUUCAAAAACUGUCACCAAUACUUUAUUCCCGUUGCAUAACCUGCAUAAUAACCAAGCUGUAGCAACAUUGUUACUGCACAAGCAAACACUUUUUCUCUGUGCUACGGUACUAGCCGAAAAUGCUAACUACGGCAAGUUAUAAGCUAGCUUCUACCACAACACGAAACACAAUGCUAUAAAACAUCAAUCUGUACCGACUGAAAAAAAUAAACAAUCAUAUUACAGUAGCUUUAAAGUAUUAGCCAGCGUUUCAUGUUUUGUUUGUGCACAGCUGAGCUAGCCAAACAGCGUAUGUACUGGCGUUGUACUAAAACGCACGACGUGCUGCGUGUAUAAUGAUUGAUAUUAAAGUGACAUAUUAAAGUGACAGGGGACAUUUCCUGUUGAUUUUGGGCAAGCACUCCAUUUAUGUCGAAAUUAGCUGGCUCCAAUUUCCAUAUUUAGCAACAUUGUUACUGCGCGAGCAAACUAUUUUUCUUCGUGCUAUGGUAUUAGCCGUAAAAGCUAACUACGGCAAGUUAUAAGCUGGCUUAUACCACAACACGAAACACAAUGCUAUAAAACAUCAAUCUGUACUGACUGAAAAAAAAUAAUCAUAUUACAGUAUCUUUAAAGUAUUAGCCAGCGUUUCAUGUUUUGUUUGUGCACAGCUGAGCUAGCCAAACAGCGUAUGUACUGGCGUUGUACUAACACGCACGACGUGCCGCGUGUAUAAUGAUCGAUAUUAAAGUGACAUAUUAAAGUGACAGGGGACAUUUCCUGUUGAUUUUGUGCAAGCACUCCAUUUAUGUCGAAAUGAGUUGGCUCCAAUUUCCAUAUUUAGAGCGGAAAAAUCGCUUUCGUCUCCCCUGCUCCAACGUCUCACUCUUCCUUCACGCUUGCUUCUAUAAGCUGCAGUAUACUCAGCUUCAAAAAGAUAAGGUUCUAAAUCCUCAUUUGUGCAAAAAUAGUCGUCUUUGUUGUCUUUUACCGAGUCCGCCAUGCCUGACGGAAUAAAUCCGUCCCGGAAAUGAUUAUUAUUAUCAAAAUUACGGUAUAUACUGUACAUAUUGUUAUAUUAUAUACAGUAUAUACUUACAGUGUGUGUAUAAAAUGUUGAUGGAGGGUUUUUGAAGUUGUUUUAGAGCACUUUGAAGGCUACAAUGGUGACUCCCAUUAGUCGCAUCUUUCAAGGGUUUCUUUAUUCUUUAUCGUCUUUACAGUAAAAUAAUAAUGAAAAAAAAAAUGGACGGGCGUGGUUUGUCUCUCAUAGUAAUUGUGGACGAUAAGCAGAAUUCCCCCCAAAAAUGCAGUUCAGCUUUAAGCUCUUGGGUUUAUUCAUCAGUCGUCAUUAAAUAUGCGAGGCUCGAAGUGGUGGUCAAGCGAGCGUAGGUCGUCAAAGCGUUCUAGGCGGAAUUUUGCCUUUCUCGAAGAAAAAUGCUUCGUUUUAGGCCGUCAGAACCGUUCAAAUUGCGAAAAGGACAAAAGUGUCUUCGGAGUUCCCCGAGACUUGGUAACAGACAACAAAGAUUACUAUUUUUGGAGAAAUGCGGAUUUACAACAUUUUUGAAGCUGAGUAUACUGCUGCUUGUAGAAGGGCGAAAGAGUGCAAGAUUCUAAGAAACGACAACAAAAAAAGACACAACUUUGCAGAGAUUACUUUGUUACAUUUUUUUUUUUUUUUAAUGUUUUAACGUUUAGUAUUUCACGUUUAAGUAAUACCUUGAUAUUAUUCGUAUUUUAUCUUUAAAACGUAUUUUGGCGACGAGUGUUUUGUCAACCACCAAUUCAGGAAGUCUAAAUAAAGUUAAAGUUCUCUGCAUUCGACCCAUCACCUGGGAGGUGAGGGGAGCAGUGAGCAGUAGCGGUGGCCACGCCCGGGAAUAAUUUUUUGGGUGAUUUAACCCCCAAUUCCAACCCUUGAUGCUCAGUGCCAAGCACGGAGGAACAGGUCCCAUUUUUAUAGUCUUUGGUAUGACUCGGCCGGGGUUCGAACCCACGACCUACCUAUCUCUGAAGACCCAUUCCAAUUGGGUUUGGUUGACCACCACUUGGUUCACAGGUCAGAAAAAGUCACGUGACUAAAUACAAAGAAUAUGAAUUUAAAAAAAACCCACUUAAGCGCAAAUGGGAGAAUAGGGCCCAAAGAGAGUGGUUGACUACAGCCGCAUCCUGAUGAUUAAAAAUGCUGCUAAUGCUUCAAACUCUACAGGAGCCAAAAAUGUAUUAUUUAUCCUUUUGAAAGUAUGCAAACGUGUCACCGUGACGUUCAAACCUUACAGACGAGCAUGAGAGCGUCCGUGUGUGUUUUCCCGACUGUUUCCAGCUGUCCUAUUAGCAAAAAGCCCGACAUGUACAUAUAUGUGGAAUAUGUCAAUAUCCUCAUUUAACAUUGACUGAUGGAUGCGACUUUGGAUUGUUGGAAUGGAGGCCAGUGUUGGAUUAACCCUUUCACAUCACCACUGCACUCAUGAAUGUUUUUGCCCUGAACAUGUUAAAGGUCCCUUACUAUGCAAACCCGACUUUUUAAUGUUGUCCCAACAGUUAUGGGUGUUGUUGAUGUUCACCAAAAAAUCCAAAUGUUUGCUUUUUCAUGAAGGAAAACCCUCCUUCUUCCUGGAUUUAGAUAUGUCGUAAUAAAUCUCCAACUACCCAUCAGCCAAUAACAAUUUUGGCAGCUUUAAUCGUUAACGUUUCAGCUAAUAGGCUAACGUAGCAUGAUAUACCGUUGAAAUGUGACUGCAACGCAGGGGAGUACUUAGUCAUUCGGGGGCUCUGGACUAAAACCCAGUCAUCUGAUUUAUUCCGGCAUGGCAUACUUGGUAACAGACAACAAAGAUGACUAUUUUUGGACAAAUGAGGAUUUACAACCUUUUUGAAGCUGAGUAUACUGCUGCUUGUAGAAGCAAACUUAACACGAUCAUUUAUGAUGUUGUUAGAGAGCCACAUAUUAAAACUUGAAGCAGGGGAUCCGGACUGGGAACGACACCACAACGGCCUCCCGAAUUCAAUUCAAAACUUAUGAGACAAACAUUUUUGGAAACCGGAAAAGUGCUCCUGUUGUAGAAAGGAACUUGGACCACCAGAUCCUUGCAUUGACAUUUUAACCUUGCCCACAAAAUAGAACACUGAGGGUCCAAACCUCCGUCAUGGUAGACUUGGAAACAGACAACAAAGAUGACUAUUUUUGGAGAAAUGCGGAUUUGCAUUUUUGAAGCUGAGUAUACUGCUGCUUGUAGAAGCGAACUUAACACGGUCAUGUAUAAUGUUGUUAGAGAGCCACAUAUUAAAGCUUAAAGCAGGAAAUCCGGACUGGGAACUACACCACGACGGCCUCCCGAAUUCAAUUCAAAACUUAUGAGACAAACAUUUUUGGAAAAAUUCCUAAAACCGGAAAAGUGCUCCUGUUGUAGAAAGAAGUUGGACCACCAGAUCCUUGCAUUGACAUUUUAACUUUGCCCACAAAAAUAGAACACUGGGGGUCCAAACUUCCGUCAUGGUAGACUUGGAAACAGACAACAAAGAUGACUAUUUUUGGAGAAAUGCGGAUUUACAACAUUUUUGAAGCUGAGUAUACUGCUGCUUAUAGAAGCAAGCAAAACAUAAUGAUUUAUCAUGUUUUUAGAGAGCCACAUAUUAAAA